AUGGAGCUGCAAAGUUAUCAAGAGCGAUAUUUGAUCAGCUGCGUAUUCGGAUACAUUAAGGUGCGUAGGAUGGCGAUGCGAGAAGUAUCAGAAAAUGAGCGCCUCAUCCAAGAAGUAAAGAAGAAAUUCAAGCUGGCAGAUUUGAAAAGAGGACGUAUUAGUCGUUUCGGCAGUUUACAAGAGGAGAAUCGUCAAAUGGACAAUUCCGAUGACGAAGAAGCAUUGGAGCUCGCGCAAGAGGAAAUCGAAGUUCAAGGCGGGCCAGAAGAGCAAGAAGCUGAGCCAAAUCAUGGUAUAGAUACCGAUGUUGUUUUCUAUGACCUUGUGGAGGAAAUCGAAGUUGAAGGCGGGCCAGAAGAGCAAGAAGCUGAGCCAAAUCAUGGCAUAGAUACCGAUGUUGUUUUCUAUGACCUUGUGGGUAGGAAGAAGAGGAAAGACAGCGGAAAAAUAUGCAAAAUAUCACAGGUUCGCCUAUUUCAGUACAGUCGCCUUUAG